AUGCAUGCUUUUCACACCUUCACCUUCGCCGCAAUGGUUGCUGGCUGCCUCUGCUCACCACUUGCCAAUGGCCAGCCCUCUGCUGCAUCAUUCACUCUGGCCAAAGACCCGAUUGUACAAUUCGAGAAUCUCACCGAGACCAUCGAACGGAUCAAUGCAGCAUCUCCGCCGCCUCCGAACCUCGACAUCUCCCAGCCAUGGCCACUGUUCAAGUAUAACAUGCUCGGCAACUCCUCCUGGGUCGUCACGAUGAUCGACCAGUCGGUGGAAGCAGUGUUCAUCCAUCGAUCCCAUUUCCCUCGGGAUGGCCGCACGGAGAAGAAAUCGCUCACAACGAGACAGUCCGGGGAACCGGACCAGAUCACCAUGGGCGUUGGGGGCACGAACACCUGCACCCCGAUUGUCAUCGAGGUUAUUGAAAACGAUUCCUGCGUCACCCCGCCUCCGAACACAUUUGCGUUUUUCCGGGGGCUUGAAUACCUCCAAGGACAGCAUAUUCGGGUGUGCCCUGACUAUGGCUUGCCUUGUGGAUUUUACAAAAUGUGUAUCACCACCACGGGGUAUUGCACCCAAGGGGGUACUUAUGAAGUCAGCGUUUCUCGGGAAUGUGACAAUGACACUAUAUCCGAUAUGUGCUUCCACGACUAG